UUAACAAACAUGUGUGACAUCAAUAAUACUAAAAAUGUAUUAAAUAAAAAAAAGUCAUUAUAAAUAUUAUUAAUUAUUAAUUAAUAAACUUUUUUUUUUUUUAAUAAUAAUAUCGAUUAUCAUACCAGUGAUUGUAAUUAUCUAAUAUACUAAUAAUGAUGAGUAAAAAAAUAACAUUCGGAAAAAUAAGUUUGAGUAAAAAAAUAGCUGAUGAUGCUGGUCCAGAAGAAUCAUCAUCAUCAUCAGCAGCAUCAUCAUCAGGUUUCGGUGUUUUUGGUAAACAAGAAUCAAAAAUAACGGAAAUGAAAGAAAUUAGAGCAGAAGAUGAAGAAGAAAGUGAACAACUAAAAAAAAUAAUGGGCAUGAGCGGAUUUGGUAAAAAAGCAAAAUCAUUUGAUGUCAAAGAAAUGAUGGAAAACAUCAGCAAGACAAUCGCCAAGAAGCCUAAGCCAAUUGAGGAUCCGGUUCUACUGGCAUCUGAAUCAAGUGAACCUGAGCCAGCUGAUGAUGACGAAGAUGUAAUCGGACCCCUUCCACCAGAACCUCCAAAACCACCAGCGACAAAACUCCCAACCGAAUCAUCAGGCUCAGAAGACUACAGUUCUGAUUCCGAGUCCGAAGAUUCUUCGAUCAUUGACAAAAUUCCUUGUACUCACGAAGUGUCAAUGACUCAUGGAGUGAAAGCGAUCACAGCAAUAGCAGCAGAUCCAUCGGGAGCUCGUUUGGCAUCCGGAUCCGUGGACUACGACGUAAGUUUUUGGGAUUUCUCUGGUAUGGACUCGUCUCUCCGUAGCUUUCGUACUCUCCAGCCAUUUGAGAAUCAUCCCAUAAAAUGCCUCCAGUAUUCAAUGACCGGUGACGUGAUACUCGUAGUAUCCGGUGCAGCCCAAGCGAAAGUUCUCGACCGUGAUGGUUUCGAAAAAUGCGAGACUGUAAAAGGGGAUCAGUAUAUCGCGGACAUGGCUCGCACUAAAGGGCACACUGCGGGUCUAAAUUGCGGUGCCUGGCAUCCUUUUACCAAAGAAGAAUAUUUAACUUGUUCACAAGACAGCACUUGUCGCAUUUGGAUCCUGUAUCGUCCAAGGGGACACAAACAUCUCAUCAAAUGCCGUGCAUCAAACGGUGUUAAAACAAUUCCCACAACUUGUUCUUACAGUCGCGAGGGCAGUGUCGUUGCCUGUGGAUGUAUCGACGGCUCAAUUCAAAUGUGGGAUCACCGCAAAAAUUUUAUAAAUCCUUCAUUAAUUUUACGCGAUGCCCAUACCAGUGGAUCGGAAAUAUCCAGCAUUAGUUUUUCUUACAUCGGUAAUAAUUUAGCGACACGUUCUUGCGAUGACACACUAAAACUUUGGGACUUAAGAGCUUUUAAGAAACCAAUUCAUCAGACAGAUAAUUUAUUUUCGCGAUACGAUACCACUGAUUGCAUGUUUAGUCCCGAUGACUCGAUGAUUAUAACAGGAGAGUCUUUAGCUAAGGGACAGACGCACGGUCGGGUUUUAUUUUAUGACACUAAAAAUUUUCAGCUGGUUAAUGAAAUAAAAGUAACUAAUUCCCAUGUUAUUAAAACACUUUGGCAUCCGAAAUUGAACCAGAUAUUUGUUGGUUGUGGUAACGGAGUUGUCAAGACAUAUUAUGAUGCUAAGAAAAGUUUGCGAGGAGCUAAAUUGUGUGUAGUCAAGACAAGACACAAGAAGAAUCAUAUUGAAAUGAUGUCGACCCAGCAGAUUAUUACCCCGCAUGCUCUGCCUCUUUUCAGACAAGACCGUCCGAAGUCGGUAAGGAAGCAGAUGGAGAAAGACAGGAUGGAUCCCGUUAAGUCGCGACGACCUGACUUGCCGAUAACUUCGGGUCAGGGAGGACGUGUCGCUUCUUCGGGAGGUACUUUGAGUUCAUUUGUUAUUAGAAAUUUGGGACUGAGUAAGAGAAUUGAAGAUGAUCAGGAUCCAAGGGAAGCUAUUUUGAAGUAUGCUAAAGAAGCUGAAGAAAAUCCUUACUGGAUUGCACCUGCGUACAAAAAGACACAACCGAAAACUAUUUUUGCUGAUGGUGAAAAUGAUGAUGAACCUCCGGAGAAAAAGAGUAAAACUUAAUUUUUUUUUUUUAUUGUAAUAUACUUUUAAUUAUGAAUUUUAAGGAUUAGAUUUUAAGUAAAAGAAUUGUAAUUUUAAUUUAUUAAUAGUAAAUGUAAAUAAAAUAAAAAUUAAUGGA